GCUGGCGAAGAUUCAGUCAAGGCUUGUUUACCGUGCGCUUCGGACGUGUCGAUCGAUUCGUGCGUAGAGAUUACCCUAUUAUUGAACCAAAAAUCAUCUAUGGGAAAAUGUUUGUGUUGUGAGUUUUGGAUCCAUGCAAGCUAUCAUCCAGCACCAUUGCCAAACGGAAAGAAAACAAUUAAGGUUGAUUCUGUGAAAUUUCCGUAGCCCGACCACCUGGUACGAGAGGAAGUUAACCGGAGUUUGAACAGUGUUUUGAACAUUUUGGUGGAGGGCGAAUGUUGGUUUGGGAAGUGUAGAGGGUAAAGGAAGAACUGUGUGUGUAGCAAUGAGUACCAGUGAGAAGGAGAAAAAUCAAUCGCAGUUAUAGAAAAGCCGCGUUAAUUCACGCUAGGGAAGGCUUCGAAAUGUGGUUGGAUUGGGAAGAUAGUGCGAGAAAAAAGUGGGAAUGCCCUCAGAACUCGGCAGGUUUUUAAGCGCUGAUGAGCGGAAGUGGGCAAUCACGGCCACUCGAGUGAUGGUAAAUUGAGAUUUCAGAAAAGCCAAUUUGGGAACGGAAGAUGGAAGCAUACUAAGCCGUCGAAGAUUAAGUGCUUAUUGUGUUCUUCUUCACCGCAAACCUUGUGAAUUGGGGUAAGCUAUUUACGCUGUUGCGAAACCCGAAAUGACUGCAAGGAUUCACUAACAGCGUGGAGUAAACAAUCGACCGAUUCCAGUGAAAGGACGGAAAAACAUAGUGGAAAAUCCCAGUGAACUCACGAGAAAAACAAACGAUACAGGAUUAUAAAAUAUUCAACAUCCCAAAUUCACGGAGUCCCUUAGCAAGCUGCCGUUAUUGGUAUGUCUAUACACGUGUAUAACGCAACCGGCCAUUAAACUGUGUGCGGCUGAACCCAAACCGUAUCCCGACAGUAUUACGUAAUAAAUUUCCGCAUAAAGCACAUACACACCUAACAAGGAUUAAAUUGGAUUUAUUACCGGUGAAUGAAAAAUAGAUUUCUAUAUAAAAAUUGAUUCUUUAUGAUUUCACCCGUGUUGUGUUCCACCCAUAAUAAUAAAUCGGUGUUGUUGGUGGUCGACUGGCGGUCCGUUGCAUCAGUCAGACGAGGUCAAAAUUAUGAAAAUACACUCUCCCUAGCCGCGGAAGGAAGAGAAUAGGUCCCCAGUACGCAGCUUGCCCAAGCUCCUUUUCAUCGUGGCAUUAUUCAAAAUAAUGUGAUAAUCAUAAUUCUGUUUAAUAUUCGUGCCGCGUACAAACCAAACCAACGACUUUGAAGCAAAGUAAGAAGAAAAGCGAAGGAAAAUAGUUCCGUGGAAAAUCAAUUCGCUUGGGCAAGGAAACUCCCCACAGAGUGAUGAAAACAAAUACGCAAAAGAAGACGCCAGGAAGCAAAUGAGGUGGAAAAGCGAAAAUCAUUUUAACGUUCAUUAACGGGCAAAAAAAUGGUUGAAGGUGUGCAGUCCACUUUGGGAGCAAGUGAUUUUGGUUUCGGAUGUUUCGGGCUUAGAAAAGGUUCGUCAUAAAAAAAAAUAACCGCCACAAAAAAGUUCGUUGAGUUAAGGCGGCAGAAGAAAAGCUAAGAUAAACAUCCCCAGGAUUAAACCCGAUUAGGAAGGCUGUGUCGAUAAACUGUGGCGUUAAUACUGAGGAUUGCCGAUCGCAGAAGCAAACAACGCAAACAACUGAGUGAAAGAAAAAUAACCACAAGAAUAGAGCUACGAGAACAAGCUAUGAACAAAAUGAAGAGCUUACGGUUCAAAUCGUAUGUUUUUAUCUGUGCAAUAGAACUGUGUACAGUUUAGAAGUGACAAAGUAAGUGCGGGCGGAUACGAUCAAAGGCGAAAAUUAUAUAAUCCCCUGGGUAAUAAGCUUAAUAAUUCGUAAUCCUUGGCGCGCCUCGGGAAGAACGUGGGCAAGAGAACGACCAAACGUUGUGCGCAAUUAUCCAGAUUCGGUGCUGAUUAUCUAGAGUCCACCCAUCGUUGCUUGUGCGGAGCGUUGAAUGCCGGCUGGAAAUCCCUUUUUAUAAACUGCCAAAGAGCUGUACGAUACCGGACGGCAACCAUCAACGUUAGGAGAGUAAACACCCGAAUGAAAGCCUUUGGUCCGCAUCACCAUUUGCCAAAACGAAACGUUUGGUGCUGUUCUGUCGGUAAAGUGCUGCUUUGCUUCUGAAACAAAAAAAAAAAAGAUUCAUGAAAUAUAGCACCGUACUGAGUCUUGUUGGAUCUUUCGGGGUAUGUGUAUCAUUAUCAACGCAUAAUCAUUUCGUAAGCACUGGGCUUGAACAUUCCAACAUUGUACCCUAUACACACAUCACAUUCAAAACAUGCAAUAGUUCCCCGAGAACUGAUGAUCAACAAGAACCGCUGAAAUAAACCUACAUAAUUAUUACCAGAGAAAGAUUAUAAAUAAACCACUGAAUCCAACAUAAUCAUCAUGGUUGGAAAAUGUGAUUCUGACUUUGCUGUCCUGCCAAGGAUAGCAUCGAUAGUGACGUCUUCGUCACGAAAAACGAGUAAAACAAUUCUACAUACGGCGCAUCGAACGAAAACAUCACCAUCGCGGAAGUCCAUUAUCUUUAGCGCCCUUAUGCUGGCAGUGGUCCUGUUGAGCGUAUGCAUCAAUCAAUCAGUUGCCGAACGAAGCUGUCCUGCUGCGUGUCAAUGCAAGUGGAAAGGUGGCAAACAAGCAGUCGAAUGCAUUGACAAACAAUUGAUUAUCAUUCCCGAACAUAUUGACUACUCCACGCAGGUGCUCGAUAUGUCCGGGAACAAUCUGCAGAUAUUACCCAAGGAGACAUUCAGUCGAGCCAACUUGCUCAAUCUUCAAAAACUGUACCUGCGCAACUGUCGGUUGGGACAGAUAGAUGAUGGAGCCUUUGCUGGUUUGACUAAUCUGGUAGAGUUGGAUCUAUCGCUGAAUCUACUGACGGCAGUUCCAUCGGCAUCGUUCCAGUACAUUGCAUCACUUAGAGAUCUCACGUUAGCUCGUAAUCACAUCCAAAAAAUUGAAUCUCACGCCUUCAAGAACGUCACUAGUCUCACGAAGCUUGAUCUCUCGUUCUGUGAAAUUCAAACGAUAGCACCGCAGGCCUUCGAAGGCCUCACUUCGUUACAUUCAUUGAAACUGAACGGCAAUCAGCUGUCGGAGCUUCGUCCGAAAACCAUUGAAACACUGAGCAAACUGCACGGUGUAGAGCUACACGAAAACCCAUGGAUAUGCGAUUGCCGUUUGAGAGCUGCCAAGUUGUGGCUCACCGAUAAUAACAUUCCGUACCCGAUCGCUCCAAUUUGUGCCGGGGGACCGGAGCGAAUAAUUGGCAAAACUUUUGCCGAAUUACAAGUAGAUGAUUUCGCUUGCAAGCCAGAGAUGCUGCCAGUACGUCGAUACAUUCAGGCGUACAGCGGAGAAAAUGCCAGCAUCGAGUGUCGAACAAGUGCCGUUCCUUCUGCCAGCGUCAAUUGGUACUGGAACGGUAAACUAUUAGUAAAUAAUUCCGCGUUCAGUUCCUAUCAGCGAGUAUACGUAUACGAACAAGGUAACUUUGAAAAGCGUAGCCGAUUGGUGCUAACGAAUGCUCAAGAGUCGGACUCCAACGAGUUCUACUGCGUGGUGGAGAAUCGUGCAGGAACUGCCGAAGCGAACUUUACCCUGCAAGUGGCGAUGCGAGAUAUUGGAUUUGCCAUCGAAAACAAGCAAAUCAUUGGCCUAAGCGCAGCCCUAGUAAUCCUGAUUCUGUUUAUACUGCUGAUCAUUCUCUUCCUGUUGGUGCGAUUGCGAAGGAUACCGAUGACGGAAACGAAAACACCCGGACAGGUUGAAGUGAUCACUUCCGUAAGUCCCUCUAGUAAUGUAAAUGGAAAGGUGAGCACACCUAUUAAUGAUGUCCAUUCUCCAGAUCGAAAAAACUCCGGAGAUCUAAAGUGUGCUAAUCCGGUACAGAAACCACCUCGUUUGACCGAUUUGCCGUAUUCGACGUCACACUACGACUCCGGCGGUAGUUUGAUCGCGUCCGGAAACUGUUUUGUGUCGCCUACGCAUUCGUCCGCUGGAAAUAAUCCAGAUCUGAUAAACGACACGAAACGGCUCGGUAGCGUUAGCGAUCUCGCCGGAGGCCCUGGGUUGAUCGAAACUAGUGGCACAGCGCUCAAUACGCUCUCGCUGAUGGAUCCGAUCGAGCGACCCGGGAGUGGUGAAUACAGUCGAGCUGGGUGCGACUCUCUCUACCCUUCUGGUCUGUGGGAAACGCACAACUCCAAUCUAACGUCGGCACUGGAGCAAACGUCGGAUAUGCUGCUGACCCGUGCCCCUAGCAAUACGAUAGCAAGUGGGGGCUAUACGGCGUACUCCGACAAGAUACCCAUCAUCGGUGCCAACAGCACCAUGAUGAAUCUCGAUGACGAAACAUCGUCGGUAGAUUACCUGAGUCGGACGUUUCCCAGGACUCAUUUCGGUGGCAGUGGAGUGCUGACGAGUGCCGGAAAUGGGAGCAGUAGUGGUUCCAGCGUGGUUGGAGCUGUCGGUGGAACCACUUCCACGGUGGCCGGAAUCACUGCAGCAACCGGUGGCGGCUACCCUUCCGAUUACGGUCUACCGAUAGUGCCGGGGGCGGAGCAGCUGCACAACAAACUCAGUAGUAUACAACCGGCACAUCAUGGCAGCACCGGAAGCAUGCCUAUGAACGCGAAAACUCUGAGGGUAUGGCAGAAGGGUGGCGUUCCUGUGCUGCCUCCAGUGACGGCCUUGAAACGUGCAUUAUCCAACAGCCGAAACUCUCCAGACGAGGGUUAUCAGGAGGGUUGCGGUACUGAUGUGUAGUCAAUUUUUUAAUUUUUUUUGUUAUUUUUGUGUGUAGUCUCGAUAAAGAAAACGAUUGAGCAAGUAAGCGAGUCAGAGAGAACGAGAGAGAAAGCGAAUGAACAAAAGUUUAUAUUUAAUUUUGUAUACCUUUAUCACGAUUUGUUUUUCCGAAUUAUUUCAUUUCCGGAUGAGAAGUGAAAAGUUAUUUUCCCAAAGUUUUCCUUAUCGGGGUUGUCGACUGAGAAAAAAUAAGAAAUUUGCAACACAAAACGAUAGGCAGCUUUCGCCGCUGGCGAGAUGCUGAAAGCAAACUGAGCUGUGUUCGUACGAUUCGAGGCUCGAGGAGAAUUUCGUAAAGGGAGUACGAGGAAACCGUCGAGGUAAUCCUUCUGUAAUGAAAAAGACUUGUAAUUUAAUUAUUGAAACGAUAAUUAAUUAGGUGUACAGUAAAGAAAAAUCUAGUUUAUAUGAUUAUAGCGAAAAAAUGAAUUAUAUAUACACAUGCAAGAAACUGGAAAAAUAUAUCAAUGGUUAAAAGAAAACGAAAAAAAUCGAAAAACAAAAAACAAAACCCCUAGGCUAGUUUUAUAUACGAAAAAAACCUGUAUAAAGUUAAAAAAAUAAAUGAAACUGGAUAAAUUAUUAAAAAAAAAACAACCAAAGACUUUGAAAGUAAAAAAAAACUUCUUCUAGUAACUUGCUAUGGGAAGAAAACGUAAGCGAAUAGAACGAAAACGACAGAUGUAAAAUUGUAAUCUGUGGAAAAUUGCUAGUACGGAGCAGAAAAACCUACAUACCUUAGUAAAAACGAUCUUUUAGGACGAGAAAGAGGAAUAAAAAAAGCUG